GCGCGCUGCGCUGUUUACAAACAAAACAAAAUCUUGAAUCUUGCUGUUCUCCGGCCAUAUUUUUGGGUCGCAAGGCACGCUGGGUUAAAUUCUGAAGAGUAAUCGGGAUUUGAGACCAAGGAGCAGUAGAAACCGAUCCUCUGAUUUAUUGCCAGGAGCUGGCUCGCCGCACACUGCCGAUGACAGACAUCGACGAGCAUCCGCAGGACAAAAUUUGGUUACCGUUAAAAGCGGAGGAAUUGCUCAAGUGCAACGAUCGUAGCAUGCUGCUGGACAAAUGGAAGACCUUGGAAGAUAAGUUUCCCGGCUGCGUGAAUGUUGAUCCAAUCAGAACCUGUUGGCCGAUGGGAAACUGCGGAUCGCAGCAUCAUCAGUUCCUACAUCAAGCUGUGGAUCUGGCCGGGAAUACACUCACACGGGCCGGAGGUUACCGAAGAUUGCAGCGGUCCAACAGUCCGUCGGAUAUUGCUACAAUGAUCACCGACUUUUUCGAGCGCAAAUUGGCGCCUUUUUCCGACUUUUUCCAGCGCAAUAAGUCACGCCCGGCCGUUCCCUGCCCAACUUGGUCACCCGUGAUGAUGAUGGACAUGUCUCCGGGCGCACUUCCUGGCAACCCCGUGGCCAACAGUCGCGUCAGAUCUCUCGAAGCUGCCGGCAACGGAAGAAUUGCCGGCCUAGAAGGACUCUGUGGAAGCUGUGUUUAAAGACGAAGAUUGCAAUGGAGAAGGGGAAGAGGCGACUCGUGUGGAAAGACGGAAAAUCGCCCAAGACCCGGACGUAUCCGGCAGAGGUAAUGGGCACGAUGGACGGCACAAGUGGCAAUUGUGAUAACCCGUCAGUACCCGACCUAGAUACCCGGAUUUUUUUUUUGUGUGAAGAAAUUUGAAUAAAGUUGAAAUUCUGUUGUGUUUUUCUCUGGCCUGCAAACAG